CAAAACAUGACAGAAACAGAUGCCUUCUAUAAAAGUGAAAUGUUUGAUCCAUCAGAAAAGUACAAAAUGGACCACAAGAAGAGAGGAAUUGCUUUAAUCUUCAAUCAUGAGAGGUUCUUCUGGCACUUAACACUGCCAGAAAGGCGGGGCACCAGUGCAGACCGAGACAAUCUGACUCGCAGGUUUUCAGCUCUAGGAUUUGAAGUGAAAUGCUUUAAUGAUCUGAGAGCAGAAGAACUACUGCUCAAAAUUCAUGAGGUGUCAACCUCUAGCCACGCAGAUGCCGAUUGCUUUUUGUGUAUCUUCCUGAGCCAUGGUGAAGGCAAUCACAUUUAUGCAUAUGAUGCCAAAAUUGAAAUUCAGACAUUAACUGGCUUGUUCAAAGGAGACAAGUGCCAGAGCCUGGUUGGAAAACCCAAGAUAUUUAUCAUUCAGGCAUGUCGGGGAAACAAGCAUGAUGUACCAGUCAUUCCUUUGGAUGUAGUGGAUCAUCAGACAGAUACCAACAUGACCGAGGUGGAUGCUGCUUCAGUUUACACACUGCCUGCUGGAGCAGACUUCCUCAUGUGUUACUCUGUUGCAGAAGGGUAUUAUUCUCACCGGGAAACUGUGAACGGUUCAUGGUACAUUCAAGAUUUGUGUGAGAUGUUGGGAAAAUAUGGCUCCUCCUUAGAGUUCACAGAACUCCUAACGCUGGUGAACAGGAAGGUUUCUCAGCGCCGAGUGGACUUUUGCAAAGAUCCAAGUGCAAUUGGAAAGAAGCAGGUUCCCUGCUUUGCCUCAAUGCUGACUAAAAAGCUGCAUUUCUUUCCAAAAUCGAAUUAAUCAGGGCUGUUUUAUCUUAUGAUCUGUAUUCAAAAUAUUUUCCCCUUCUUUUUACAUAAAUAGGUAUCACUGCAUUGGAGCGUGUGGUCCACCACUUUAAAAUGUCCUAAUGUUUAAUGUGUGGCAGAGAACCAUCUUUUUAAAAAAAUAGUUCAUGUUGGACAUGGUAAAAGGGUUUUAUAUGUAGAAACUAAAUCCUUGGGGAAUUACUAUAAAAACAAAUCCACAGGCAUUUCUAAUACUUGAUUUUUUUUUAAGUAAACUGCAAAGUUAUCCAACAUAUCUGACUGAUUUAACUUGUAUUUUGUCAUUUUUUAAUAAAAAUUAGUUAUAUAGUGUUUUUUAAGGUUUUGAAACCCAAGAAUUAGAUCAUUGCUAUCUGUUUAUAAAAUACUUGCAAUUCAUGUUUUAUUAAAUU